AUGCUCAGUAGUGAGCUUUCGAGGGCGAUUCUUGCGCAGCAUGCUGAGAAUCGUAGUUAUAUUCAAGAGCUGAAUGAAGGGCGUGAAUCGGAUAUUUUGAAGCUGAUAGAUUUGCUGGAUCAAACGCGACAGCGUUGGGAUGAUGCGAAGAAAGACGCAGACUCACUUCGGAAUCAAGUGAAUUCAGCGGAAGAGGAAAAUGAUAAACUUCGACGUGAGAUUCAUGGCUUAAAAGCGGAACUGAGAGAUGCACGUGCUCAGAUGGCAUCGCUGAUGUCUGAGAAACAAGCCUAUGAGAUAGAUUUGGCCGAAUGGGAGCAAAAGUUUGAGCUCGUUCGCGAGUUGCUCAAGGAUGAAAUAACGAAUCUGAAUGAUGAAGAUCAACGAAAAUUGGCGUUCUUGAGACAGAACAGUCCUCCUGUUCGUGGCACUAAAGGUCCGGGAUCACGCCAUCGACAUAAGCAGCGUACGCGUUUGAAUGGAAGUCGAUCGGGUGGCACGGAUUUAUCGCAGGAUGACGAUAUUGAUUAUGAUAAGACGGGAGAUUCAAUGGAAGUGUCUUACGAUGAAUCUGAGGAAGAUGCAUACCUCAGAAAUGGAAAAGUUUAUAGA